AUGACCUGGAAACAUGUUCGCCCAAAUGACAACCCGGCCCAGGACGAGAGGAGGAAACUCCUCGACUGGAGGAAACACUCUGUGCCCUUUGCCAUCACCAGCAUGUUAUUAGCUGCCUUGACUGUCGUUCUCUACUUUAAUAUCCGUGAAUACAUCGGCGCGCGGGAUCAGCUGAACCUCCCCAGGGUCGCGGUUGAUCUCGGGUAUGCGAAUUAUUCAGGAAAUGUGCUUCCCAGCGGGGUGAACCAAUUCCUGGGGAUGCGCUACGCUGCGCCCCCAAUAGGGAAUCUAAGAUGGCGAGCACCUCAAGAUCCAGAGCCGAAAGAGGGCACGACAGAUGCGAUAGAGUUUGGUCCGAUUUGUCUCGCGACGGACGCGUCCUACCCCACGGCAGGACAAGACGAGGACUGUUUGUAUGUCAAUGUCUGGUCACCCAACAACACGACGCCCGACUCCAAACUUCCGGUGUGGCUGUUCAUUCAAGGUGGAGGCUACACCUCGAAUGCUAAUCCAAACUGGAACGGAUCGCAAGUGGUUGAAGCUUCGGGCAAGAAUAUUGUCUUCGUCGGAUUCAACUACCGUGUCGGAUUAUGGGGAUUUCUUGCGAGCGAGCGAGUGCGAAAGGAUGGCGACCUGAACGCUGGACUUCUUGACCAGCGACUCAUGAUGAAAUGGGUGAAGACUCAUAUUUCAAAGUUUGGCGGCGACCCAGAUCACGUUGUCAUCCACGGCGUCUCAGCCGGCGCCGGCUCAGUUGCCCUUCAUCUCACAGCUCACGGCGGGAAAGAUGAAAAGCUGUUCGUCGGAGCCAUGGCCGAGUCCGUCUUCUUUCCCGGCCAACCGCGCGUUCCCGAACUCGAGUAUCAAUUCAAUAAGACGGCAGAGAAUGCCGGCUGUAAGGACGAAAAGGACCAAAUGGGCUGUUUGCGGGGCAAGAACAUCAAGACCAUCCAGGAAGCCAACGCCGGAUCGCCAUUCCCCGGACGCCAGCUGAACCCGCACUUUUACUGGACCCCCUGCAUAGAUGGCGAUCUCAUUCAAGACUAUCCCUACGCGAUGUACGAUCAGGGAAAGUUCAUUAAGGUCCCCGUGCUCUUCGGGACAGGAUCGAAUGAGGGGUCCGUCUUCGCGGCCAACGUCGGCACGCAGGAGGAGUUUGUCAACUUCAUGAUAGACAACUAUCCGAAACUCACCCCGAACCAAACCGACACCAUGCUCGAAAAGUAUCCCCUGCUCCCCGAACUACCGAACCACAACGCCUGGUUCCCCUCCACCAGCCAGGCCUACGGCGAGACCACCUUCAUCUGCCCGGCCAACAACAUCAUGAACGCCUACGCCGCCGAGAACCUCACGAGCUCGUCCUGGUCCUACCGCUUCAACGUCCAGGACGAGACCAACACCGCCUCCGGCCUCGGCGUCCCGCACGUCUUCGAGGCCCCCGCCAUCUUCGGCAUCGACGCGUGCCCGACCCCCGACAGCUUCAGGACGUACAACAAGCCCAUCGUGCCCCUCAUGAUGAACUACUGGAUCUCCUUCAUCCGCGCCCUCAACCCGAACGCGCACAAGCUCGAGAACGCGCCGGAGUGGGACACCUGGGGCAGCGCCAAGAACCAGUCGCGAUUCGUGUUCGAGCUCGACAACAACCGCAUGGAGAACGUCGACGACGGCCAAAAGGACCGGUGCGACUUUUGGAGGGGCAUCUCGGAGAUCAUGGAGCAGUGA